AUGGAAGGAGGAAAGAUAAUCGACGCAUCAUUCUCAGUUCUUGCGGCUGUGGGUACAGUCUCUCGCGGCGCUGCCAAUGUUGCCGAAUGCAUUACACCGUUUCUUCCUCUAAUCAGCACAGUAACUGACGUGGUGCAGGAAAUCAUAAGUAUGUAUCAAGAGGCAGAGCAUAAUAAGCGCAUUUGCAGUGCAUUGUUCGAUCGAGCUGCAUUAGCAGAAACUGCAGUCAAGAGUCUUCAAUUGAAAGCAAGAGAUCAUGAAGCGGAAUUGUGGUCACCGGAAUUUUUCCAGAAUUUUAAGAAAUUCGUGGAAACUAUCAAGAAGAUUAGAACUUUUGUUAAAGACAUUUACCAACUUUCAGGAUUGAAAAGGUUUAUGAUGUCUCACGAUAUCGCGGGCCGAUUUAACGAAUUAAGCCAAGAGUUCGAUGGCCAAAUAAGAGUCUUGAACUUUGCAUUGGCUGUUCAAACGCAACAAGAUACUGAAGCCAUUGCGGCAGACAUGAAAGAACUCAAAGCCUUUAUGGCAAACAUUCACGCAGGCAUCACUGCUAAAGCAGGAAAUGGAUUCAACCCUGAUCUAGAAGUCAUUGAAGACAUGAGCAAAGCACAUUUGAGUUCGCACUACAACUCGGAUGCACUAUUCGGGACGGUCAUGGUUCCUCCCUCGUUGAUUAAAGAACCAGAAGAAGGCGACAGGGUGCAAAUAGACAAAGUACGAAAGGCAUAUUAUACUCCUCCGGAAACAGGUAUUCCAGUAGAAGUUGCUUUGAAAUCUCAGUCUAUUGGAAUGGGCGACGAAACCAGGAAUAAAGAAUUGAUCAGUCAAGUGAUUAUUUACAAGAGAUUUAAACUAAAUGAGAACAUAAUCAAGUUCUAUGGACUGGUCUCAUUGGAUAAUGGGCUUCAUCUCGUGACAGAAUGGGCGGACCUUGGAACAUUAAGAGAAGCAUACACAGCUGAUCCUGAUGCUUUUACUUGGAAUAUAAAGACAUCUAUUGCUAUUGAAAUCCUGAGAGCAUUAACAUUCUUGCAUUCCAUUUCAAUUUAUCAUCAUGACGUUCGGUCUGCAAAUGUGUUGAUCACCGACAAAUAUUCUGCUAAAAUCCAAAACUUCAGUUACGGUCGUACGUUUUAUGGUCCGACUUCAUCAAUGGAGAACACACUAGAGAAAGCGCGGUAUAUGGCCCCCGAGAAAAUAAACGACCCAAGACUCAAUUACAACAUGAAAUGCGAGAUAUACAGUUUCGGCAUGCUUCUUUGGGAAAUUGCUGAACUUAAAGAGCCUUAUCAUAAAAUCAGUGAUUUCCUCGAAGUGAGUGAAAUCGUCGCCAAAAACACGGGCAAAAUUGUGUUCGGAGAGACUGUUCCACCUGAAUGGAAGAAGGCCACUCUCUCAGCUACAAGCUUUUCCCCAGGAAUGCGUCCGCCUUUGAGUGAACUUUUCACAACUUUCUUCAACCUAAUGAAGAAACUCAAGCCACCAGCUUCUCCACGGCCAACAUUUUCCUCACAAAGAACAUCCUCAUCUGGAAAUGAACUUUUUGUAACGAGCACGGAACCUGACUCAAUAGACUGUAUUGAUGAUGAUUUCGAAUUAGAUGGAUUGGCUAAAAUCGCACAAGUGAUGUCUAUCGAAGAUGCUAUUAAACAACACAAAAUAUCAGGAGGAGACCGAAAAAUGGCGUUUGAAGCGUUUAAGGUGCACGCUGAGUGGGAAGAUAUGACAGCGAAGUAUUACUACGGUUACUAUCUACAUUACAACCUUCUCCAAGAAACUGAGACUGAUGAACAAAAAGAAGCAAGACUGAAAAAGGCCGCCGAAUUGUUCAAAGAGACUGCCGAUCACGGAAUGGCUGAUGCUCAAUUGAUAUACGGACAUUGUCUAUGGAAUUCUACUGGAGUUAAAGGAAAUAAAUUAGAGGCAGUUAAGUAUUUUGAGUUAGCCGCUGAACAAAAGAAUAUCACUGCUAUGUACAAUAUAGGUAAGCUUUAUUAUCAAGGAUCGCUCCCUGGUAGAGGCGAUAAGACGAAAGGAGAGCAGUAUUUGAAAUCUGCUGCGCUCAAUGGACAUGAUAAGGCUAAAGAGUUUUGUGCAAAAUUAAAAUCGCGUUAUUAUUAUGCCGCUAUCAAUGAUUUCUACGUAGUAAUAGGUAUCUAUUGCUUUAUUCCGCCGAUCAAUGAUAAUGAGCUCGAUCAUCCCAUUGACGAAGAGAUAAUCGAAAUGAUAAAGUAUUCUGACGAACCCGAUGAACCUGACGAGCCCGAAGAACAGUUUCCUAUUGUCAAAAGCAGGAAGCAGUUCACGGAGUAG